CCGCUCCGUGUUUUUCAGAGCUCCAGCGCCGGGUUUUGCGCCGCACUGGCCGCUGGGACUCUGGGAGGAAGUGCAGCUCUCAGAAGAGCCUGAAUUUCACUUCACGACGCGCCGUGGGGCUCAGCUCACACACAAGCACUAAAACAAGAAAAUACUAGCAUAUUCCCAUCUGGAUUAACCACAGGGAAACCUCAAGAAGCACUCUUCCCCGGAGGCUCUGCGUGGAGCCGGACUGGAGGCUUUUAUGCGGACGGAUAUUGUGUUUUUGUUGAGUGAUGUCGGAAGAGAUGAAGACUUGGAUCUGCGACCCAAACACGGAUGGAAAAGAAAAGAGUGGUUUCUUUCGGUAAAAGCGUCGAAAAAUCUAAACCUAAAUCUCUUUGGGAGGAAAGCGCGUUUUGAAGAGUAGAGCGAAGCGUGUUUGGGUUAAAAGCCACGUCGUGUUGUUGUUUUUUUUCUGUCGAAACUCGUCCAUAUAAGCGGAGUUCGAGACGCACAGCCAUGCAUAUGAAGUUCCGCAAGAUCUAGCGCACAGAUUCCAGCUUUAACGCGUGUUUUUUGUGUACUGAAACACCACAGUAGAGCGUUUUUUCAGUGUUUACUUGUCUCGAGGGUUUCAUCGGACCACGUUUUGUGACACCACUCGAUUAUUAUUAUUUUUUUGUUUUUAGAAAAAGGAAACUCGGAUUGCUGUCGUUCACAUUUGCUUAUUUCCUUUUCUAGCGCCCCCCCUCUCAUCUGUAAGGUUACAGUAGAGCAGUAUCUCACAGCACACCUCGUAUUAUAUAAAUAAAGUGUCGAGCAAGCAAAUCCAUUUUUGUUACCGAGAGGAACUGCUGUGCUUCGCACGGCACAAUGCAACAGACUUGUCACUUUAAAAAUAAAACAGCGCAGUUUAAUUUCUCCCGUUUAAUUGGCUUGUGAGAUCAAGGAGAUCAGCAAACAGGAGUGACAGGCGGAUCUCGAGCAUCUAAAAUGGGGAUUUGUUUGUGAGAUCUGCAGGGUUUGACGCUCAGAUCUUCAAUUUUCGCGGAUUUGGAUGCAAACCGCGUCGCAUCGACAGCCGUUAUUUAUGUUUCUCCACGCAGAUUUCCACCAUCUUUAAGAAGAGGAGGAUGCUAUAUGUGUAUGAAACCCUUAUUAUAAGUGUGCUAAAUGUGAUUGAACGUUAGCGCAUACUAACGUCAACCGUCCGUUUUUUGCUUUAUUUUUAAACCACAAGGAUACCCCGCUCGUUGACAUAGCGUCAGUUGUCGGUUUUAACGGUCGUUUUGGCUAUCUUGAUUUAGUGGUCAGUUCGUUAUUCACCCGCCAUCAGUAUAGCUCGAUUUAACGUCAUUUUUUGACGGUGUUUCUACCGGUGGCAGGUGGGUCGUUCUCGGUGAACUCACCCAAAGGGGGUGGGUGCUGGAUGGGGGGCUUCUGCAGGCUUCCAUCGCUUAAUCGAUAUCAUCACCAUCUAGAAGAAGUGUUAUUAUUUUGGAGGUGAUGCCACGCACGUAUGUUCUUCUUCCUCCUCAGUGAAAACAGAAGCCAUUUCUGCAACUCCACUGGAUCUGCUUCAUACACAAGCACGCCGUACAUUUAUUCUGUGGAUUUUUGUCUCAUUAUGGUUGAUUUCUGAGAGACUUCAGAAGGGGAAAAACACGACUAUUAAAACCCCGAGGCUGGAAUAGAUGUUCGCGCCUCUCUCGCGCAUCAACAUCAUCAUCUUCUUCAUCAUCAGAUCGGCUCCCGCGCUUGUCUCGUGCUGAGUCCGCCCGCGCGCGCACCAUCACCGGCCCUCGCGCUCCCGCACGGCCGCCUCCGGUACCGUUAGCGACUCGGUUCGACCCAGAGGGCGAAGAUGGCGGACCUCGAAGCAGUUCUCGCCGACGUCAGUUACCUGAUGGCGAUGGAGAAGAGCAAAUCGACUCCAGCGGCCCGCGCGAGCAAGAAAAUCAUCCUCCCCGAACCCAGUAUUCGAAGUGUCAUGCAGAAGUAUCUGGAGGAAAGGGAUGAACUGGCGUUUGACAAAAUCUUCAACCAGAAGAUCGGUUUCCUCCUCUUCAAGGAUUUCUGCAUGAACGAGAUCGACGAGGCCGUUCCGCAGCUCAAGUUUUACGAGGAGAUUAAAGAGUACGAGAAGUUGGACUCAGAAGAGGAGAGGCUAACUCGCAGUCGACAGAUUUAUGACGUCUACAUAAUGAAGGAGCUGCUUUCAUGUUCACAUCCCUUCUCCAAGAAAGCCGUCGACCAUGUCCAGACUCACCUAGCAAAGAAACAAGUUCCUCCAAAUCUCUUUCAGCCAUAUAUUGUUGAAAUCUGUGACAGUCUUCGAGGGAAUAUCUUUCAGAAGUUCAUUGAAAGUGACAAGUUUACACGUUUCUGCCAGUGGAAGAAUGUAGAGCUCAACAUCCAUUUGACAAUGAAUGACUUCAGCGUGCACCGCAUCAUCGGCAGAGGAGGCUUUGGAGAGGUUUAUGGAUGCAGAAAGGCAGACACGGGGAAGAUGUAUGCUAUGAAGUGUCUGGAUAAAAAGCGUAUCAAAAUGAAGCAGGGAGAAACUCUGGCGCUUAAUGAGAGAAUCAUGCUGUCGCUGGUCAGCACCGGGGACUGCCCGUUCAUAGUGUGUAUGACAUAUGCCUUCCACACCCCUGAUAAACUGUGCUUCAUCCUGGACCUGAUGAACGGUGGAGACCUCCACUAUCACCUGUCUCAGCACGGCGUCUUCAGCGAGAAGGACAUGCGCUUUUAUGCAGCGGAGAUCAUUCUGGGCCUCGAACACAUGCACAACCGCUUCGUCGUCUACAGAGACCUCAAGCCUGCGAAUAUCCUCUUAGAUGAGCACGGACACGUCCGCAUCUCUGACCUGGGUCUGGCCUGUGAUUUCUCCAAGAAGAAGCCUCACGCCAGCGUAGGGACUCAUGGCUACAUGGCACCUGAGGUUCUGCAGAAGGGAACGGCGUACGACAGCAGCGCCGACUGGUUCUCUCUGGGCUGCAUGCUGUUCAAACUCCUGCGAGGGCACAGUCCAUUCAGGCAGCACAAGACCAAAGACAAACACGAGAUCGACCGCAUGACGCUUACCAUGAAUGUGGAGUUGCCUGAUUCCUUCACUCCCGAGCUCAAGUCUCUCCUGGAAGGACUCCUACAGCGAGAUGUGGCCAAACGAUUGGGCUGCCUGGGACGAGGGGCGUCAGAGGUGAAGGAGCACGUGUUCUUCAAGGGAAUCGAUUGGCAGCAGGUUUAUCUCCAGAAGUAUCCUCCACCACUCAUCCCCCCCAGAGGAGAGGUCAACGCUGCGGACGCCUUCGACAUCGGCUCCUUCGACGAAGAGGACACCAAGGGAAUCAAGCUUCUGGACAGCGAUCAGGAGCUGUAUAAGAACUUUCCGCUGGUGAUCUCCGAGCGCUGGCAGCAGGAGGUGGCCGAGACCGUGUAUGAAGCUGUGAACAGCGACACGGAUAAAAACGAGGCUCGCAAGAGGGCCAAAAACAAGCAGCAAGGCCACGAAGAAGAUUACGCGCUGGGGAAGGACUGCAUCAUGCACGGCUACAUGCUAAAGCUAGGAAACCCCUUCCUGACGCAGUGGCAGCGGCGCUAUUUCUAUCUGUUCCCCAACCGUGUGGAGUGGAGAGGUGAAGGAGAGUCUCGGGAAUGUUGGACUAAAACGUUAAAAAAACAUAAAUUCAAGCAAAACCUGCUGACCAUGGAGCAUAUCGUGACGGUGGAGGAGACGCAGAUCAAGGACAAGAAGUGCAUCCUGCUGAGGGUUAAAGGAGGGAAGCAGUUCGUCCUGCAGUGUGAGAGCGACCCAGAGUUCGUCCAGUGGAAGAAGGAGCUGACCGAAGCGUUCACCGAGGCCCAGAAGCUGCUGCGUCGAGCUCCUAAAGUCAUCGGCAAGGGCAGAACUAACGUGGUGGAGCUCUCCAAACCUCCGCUCACACACCGCAACAGCAACGGCCUGUGAUCCGCUUCUCCUGCACCUGAUCCACUCUUCAUCCUCACACACACACACACACACUUACACACACGCACACACACACACUUGCUUGUCCAAUCCGGAAGCUUCUGCUGGAUUGUGCCCUGCUGUUCCUCAAUAGUUUGUGAAUUAAAUGCGCACACGCACUCGCAGACACGGAUAAUGAUCAUCAGCGGUGCAGGCUGGGAAACUGCACUCGUUUCUCCUCCAAUCUUCUCCUGGCAUGCUCAGACAUGAAAAAAAGUGGCUAACUUUAAUCCUCCAUAAGCGGCAGAUCGACUGUAUGAACACCUCUGCUGCGGGAAACAGAAGCCGAGAGAGCUCUGAUCCAGUGGAUGGAGAUGACUGAUAUUUCUCCUGUCGUUCUUCAAGGAAACGCUGUUGACUGCCAUUCCUGAAGCGCACACACUGCACCACUGUCUGUCAACGAUGU